CCACAAUCCUACAUUCUCCAUCUUCCUCCAACCAGGCAAAGGGACCAACCUGCGUCUUACACCCUCUGUAACUUAAUAUUUUCCCGGUGACAUACACUCCACCAGACUUAAAGAAUCACAACCAUGACGGACUCCAAAUAUUUCACAACAAACAAAAAAGGGGAGAUCUUUGAACUGAAGGCUGAGCUGAACAAUGAGAAGAAGGAGAAAAGAAAAGAGGCAGUGAAGAAGGUCAUUGCAGCUAUGACCGUUGGCAAGGAUGUCAGUUCUUUGUUCCCAGAUGUGGUGAACUGCAUGCAGACUGACAACCUGGAGCUGAAGAAGCUGGUUUACCUCUACUUAAUGAACUACGCCAAGAGCCAGCCUGACAUGGCCAUCAUGGCUGUCAACAGCUUUGUCAAGGACUGUGAGGACCCCAACCCUCUCAUCCGGGCUCUGGCCGUCCGCACUAUGGGCUGCAUCCGGGUGGACAAGAUCACUGAGUACCUGUGUGAGCCUCUAAGGAAGUGCCUGAAGGAUGAGGACCCAUAUGUGAGGAAGACUGCAGCUGUUUGUGUGGCGAAACUUCAUGACAUCAAUGCCCAGAUGGUGGAGGACCAGGGCUUCCUGGACUCCCUGAGAGAUCUGAUUGCUGACUCAAAUCCCAUGGUUGUAGCCAAUGCAGUUGCUGCCCUGUCAGAGAUCAGCGAGUCUCACCCCAACAGCAACCUGCUGGACCUCAAUCCCCAGAACAUCAACAAGCUGCUGACGGCCCUCAACGAGUGCACAGAGUGGGGACAGAUCUUCAUCCUGGACUGCCUGUCCAACUAUAACCCCAAGGAUGAGCGCGAGGCCCAAAGCAUCUGUGAGCGUGUCACUCCCCGGCUGUCUCACGCCAACUCAGCAGUGGUGCUGUCAGCUGUCAAGGUGCUGAUGAAGUUCUUAGAGCUGCUGCCCAAGGACUCAGACUACUACAACACCUUGCUGAAGAAGUUAUCCCCACCACUUGUCACCCUGCUCUCCGGAGAGCCCGAGGUCCAGUAUGUGGCUCUGAGGAACAUCAACCUCAUUGUCCAGAAAAGGCCUGAGAUCCUGAAACAGGAGAUCAAGGUGUUCUUUGUCAAGUACAAUGACCCUAUCUAUGUUAAACUGGAGAAACUGGACAUCAUGAUCCGCUUGGCUUCUCAGGCCAACAUCGCCCAGGUGCUGGCUGAACUGAAGGAAUACGCCACAGAGGUGGAUGUUGACUUUGUGCGCAAGGCUGUAAGAGCCAUCGGACGUUGUGCCAUCAAAGUGGAGCAAUCAGCUGAGCGCUGUGUCAGCACCCUGCUGGACCUGAUCCAGACCAAGGUCAACUACGUGGUUCAGGAGGCUAUCGUGGUCAUCAGGGACAUCUUCCGCAAGUACCCCAACAAGUAUGAGAGCAUCAUUGCCACACUGUGUGAGAAUCUGGACUCUCUGGACGAGCCUGAUGCUCGUGCUGCCAUGAUCUGGAUUGUUGGCGAGUAUGCAGAGAGGAUCGACAAUGCUGAUGAGCUGCUGGAGAGCUUCCUUGAGGGCUUCCAUGAUGAGAGUACUCAGGUCCAGCUCACUCUGCUGACUGCCAUUGUCAAGCUGUUCCUUAAGAAGCCAUCAGAGACUCAGGAGUUGGUGCAGCAGGUCCUCAGUCUGGCCACUCAGGACUCUGACAACCCUGACCUGCGUGACAGGGGCUACAUUUAUUGGCGCCUUCUGUCUACCGACCCCGUGACUGCCAAGGAGGUGGUGUUGUCAGAAAAGCCCCUGAUCUCAGAGGAGACAGACCUGAUUGAACCCACCCUACUGGACGAGCUCAUCUGCCACAUCGGCUCUCUGGCCUCUGUCUAUCACAAACCCCCCAGUGCCUUUGUGGAGGGCAGCCACGGAAUCCACCGGAAGCACCUUCCUGUCCAGCACAGCAGCAUUGAUACAGGUGAGAGCCCAGUGAGUGGAGGGCCAGCAGCUGCCAUGGACCAGCCACAUGUGAUCCCCAGCCAGGGUGACCUACUGGGUGACCUGCUCAACCUGGAUCUUGGCCCUCCGGUCAAUGUGCCCCAGGUCUCCUCCAUGCAAAUGGGUGCAGUGGACCUUCUGGGAGGAGGCCUGGACAGCUUGCUGGGGGGAGACCUGGGCGGAGGUGUUGGGGGAAGUCCAGCAGUGGGACAGAACUUCAUCCCCUCAUCUGUCCCCAGUACUUUUGCUCCGUCACCUACACCAGCACCUCCAGCUGUCAGCAGCGGCCUCAACGACUUGUUUGAGCUUUCCACAGGCAUGGCCAUCACCACUGGAGGCUACAUAGCCCCAAAAGCAGUGUGGCUGCCUGCAGUCAAAGCCAAGGGACUGGAGAUCUCUGGAACCUUCUCACGCCGCCAAGGCCACAUGUACAUGGACAUGACCUUCACCAACAAGGCCCUGCAACACAUGACCGACUUUGCUAUCCAGUUUAAUAAGAACAGUUUUGGGAUGAUUCCCACCAGUCCUCUGCCCGUUCACACUCCUCUGAUGCCCAGCCAGAGUAUUGAGAUCUCAUUGCCUCUCAACACCAUUGGGCCAGUCAUGAAGAUGGACCCGCUCAAUAAUCUGCAGGUGGCUGUGAAGAACAGCAUUGACGUCUUCUACUUCAGCGUACUCAUCCCUCUCAACAUAUUCUUUGUUGAGGAUGGAAAAAUGGAGCGACAGGUGUUCCUGGCUACCUGGAAAGACAUCCCCAAUGAGAAUGAGCUGCAGUAUCAGAUAAAGGAGUGCCACCUAAAUGCAGACACAGUAUCAGGGAAGCUGCAGAAUAACAACAUCUACACCAUUGCCAAGAGAAACGUAGAAGGCCAGGACAUGCUGUACCAGUCCCUCAAGCUAACCAACGGUAUCUGGAUCUUGGCUGAGCUCCGCAUUCAGCCUGGCAACCCCAACUACACGCUGUCUCUCAAGUGUCGGGCACCUGAGGUUUCUCAGUACGUCUACCAGAUGUACGACUCUGUGCUGAAGAACUGACCUGCUCUAACUCUUCGCCACUUUGCUUCAUCCUGACAACAAACAGCAGUGUUUCAUUUUUUUUUUCUGUCACCUGAAGCUUUCUGCCAAAACAAGGGAAUCCAAACGGUAAAAUGAUGGAUACUGAUUAAAUCUGGAAAUUGGAAUCAUUUUUCCUCUGAGAGAAUCAACAAGGCAAAUUUCACCAAGCUGUAGUUCUGUGUGAUGUGCUGAAGUUAAACAUACUGUUGAUGUUUCCUUUAUUUUGGCAGUUGAAAACCUUAUUGAACUCUCCAUUCUGAUUUUUACCUCCUAGUGAAAACAUGUCUACCAUUCCAUCCUUAACUUCGUGUCUUACUGUUGUGAAGAUGUGACUGAUUGUGAAACUGUCCUCAGUGGAAAAAAAUAUCUCCCCAGUUUCUAUGAAGCCAUUGUUUUGUUUUGUUUAGUUUGUUUUUUUGUACGAUGUGGCUUCUUUUGGAUUAGAUUUAUUUUGCUUCAGUUCACAUGAUAAUACCAGUGUUGAUUUAUUCCUUUUGCAAUUAAUGUGAGAAGAUUCAAAACCAGUAAUGUGUUUGUCUGUUCUACUGCAGAUUAGAUUCCUGCAGGUCAUGGCUUACAGUUACUUCCAGAGACAAAUGACAAACAUUAUACAUCGCAGUGAGCAGGAUAUGUAUUGCUGUUUCUCCUGUCAUGACUUCAACACAGCUUCUUGUAUGUAAUGGGAUUACUUAACAGUUUUUGCAGCAUAUAGAUAGAAACCUUAAUACUUGCACCCUAAGUAUGAAACAUCGUACAAUUUCUGAAAAGCUUUAAGUGAAAUUCCAAAAAUUGGAAAAAGAAAAUACAGAGCAGAGAUUACACAAAUACGAGCACUAGUAACUCUAAUGUAACUACUAAACCCUAAUGUUUUACAGCAGAUUCCCACCUGUAAAUUACACACUGUCAUAUUUUUGACUGGAGCGACGCAAACUGUCGUAGAACAGUUGGGAAAACUCUGACUGGCAAGUAGUGUACUGCACAUUUGUGGGUUUAAAUUCCGGGACAAAAUUGCAAGGUUGCCAUUAUUUUCCACUUGCAUAUCUUCUUCUUAUUAUCUGUCUUAUUAGCUUGGAACCACUACACAAACCACAGCAGCUAUUGAUUAUGUGUUCACACACCAGUGCCACUCCAUUGUAAGAAUGAUACUUGCUAAUUAUUUUCAAAUGUUUUUUUGUAAUAGCCCUGUUAACUGCAACCACCUAGUUGUACACGGCUCUAUACUCCUAUAAUUGUCAUUCCUAUUUAUUGUGCAUCUACCUCUGCGUUGAUGUUGCAGUAGCUUCAAUUCUGUAAUGUGCUUUAAAUGUUUUUUACCUUUUCUUUUGAUGCCAGUGUUGUUUUUGUAAUCUUCAUGCCAUAGUUGUCAAGCCAGUGGAAACCUGUGGCAAAUAAGCCAAACGAGUCUCACAGGACUAAGCACUCACACAAAUUAAAUGCCAAGUUUAUGUUUUAAUACCCUUGUGUCAAUAUAACAUAACCUACUAAUGUUGGUGUUGUGUGUGCUAUAGAAGAUUAGAGUGCAUACACACUAAGACCCAGAGUUUCCCUAGUACAGUGUAGUCCAGUGAUGGUGUAGUUAGUGUAGCUAAUAAAUGAAAAUGGAACGAAGCCUCUAUCUAUUCAGCAGAAAAGGCUUUUUUUCAGCGUAUCAGUUGUGUUGUUGACACUAUUUUCAUACAUGAUGAUGUAAAAAUGCAUUUAUGUGCCUGCAUGAGCUCCCUGUCCAUGUGCUCUUUUUUUCAUUUAGGCUGUGGAUUUGCUCCACUUAAAAACUAAACGUCUCCCACCUCCA